UCGAGCUGCAGAUGUGAAGCGCAGAUGAGACCAUCCAGCCAAACCUGCGGAUGUGCCAUAAAACGCCUUGACAGACCCGAGAUCCUCCUCCACCUUUAGCUGCUCCCGGUGCUGCCCUCAGCUUUUCCGGCGCUGUAGGUCGAAGUUACAUGAAUUCUGUCGAAACAGGUUGACAAGAUAACAGACGGAGGCUGAUCGGCCCCUGCUGCAGUGUGAAUCACCGGAGACUCGCCCCAUCGCCACCGCUGCUUGGUCGGUGAGGUGUCGACGUUGUGGUGUCUGUUGAAGCGCUGAUCCUCACGGAGCGCGGAAAAGCGACGGGAAAGGACGGGAAGCGAGCCCGUGUCUGGCCCUCUGCCGCAGCCCGAGGCGCGCUGCUUGGCGGAGCAUGCUAAAUAAUGAGCCAAAGGGACACACUGGUUCAUUUGUUCGCUGGAGGAUGUGGUGGCACAGUGGGCGCUAUUCUGACUUGUCCUCUGGAAGUGGUGAAGACCAGACUGCAAGCCUCCACGAUCACCCUGUACAUCUCUGAAGUCCAGCUCAGCACUGUCAAUGGAGCCAGUGUCGCUCGCGUUGCUCCACCGGGACCUUUGCACUGUCUCAAAUUAAUCCUGGAGAGAGAAGGGCCUCGUUCACUCUUCAGAGGACUUGGUCCCAACCUUGUAGGUGUGGCACCUUCCAGAGCGAUCUACUUUGCAGCAUAUUCGACAGCCAAGGAGAAACUGAAUGGCGUGCUGGAGCCAGACUCUACGCAGGUCCACAUGGUGUCCGCUGGGAUGGCAGGGUUCACCGCCAUCACAGCCACCAACCCCAUCUGGCUGAUAAAGACGCGCCUGCAGCUGGACGCCAGAAACCGCGGCGAGCGGCGCAUGAACGCGUUUGAGUGCGUGCGGCGGGUGUACCAGAUGGACGGCCUGCGAGGUUUCUACAGGGGCAUGUCGGCCUCGUACGCCGGCAUCUCCGAGACUGUAAUCCAUUUUGUCAUCUACGAGAGCAUCAAACGGAAACUCCAGGAGUCCAAGGCUCACGCCAGCAUGGACGAAGAGGACGAGACCGUCAAGGACGCCUCGGACUUUGUGGGGAUGAUGCUCGCAGCGGCCACCUCCAAAACCUGCGCCACCUCCAUUGCCUAUCCUCAUGAGGUUAUACGGACGCGACUACGAGAGGAAGGCAGCAAGUACCGCUCGUUCUUCCAAACCCUGCUGACGGUACCCAGAGAGGAGGGCUACCGGGCGCUGUACCGCGGCCUCACCACCCACCUCGUCAGACAGAUCCCCAACACUGCCAUCAUGAUGUGCACCUACGAGGUGGUGGUCUACCUGCUCAGCCGUUAGCGCGGCCCGGAACGUCUCCCUCGCGUCCGGAGGGGGAGGCUGUUCGCCAGCGACAGGAAGGGAGGCCCUUUGGCACGGAGCGGUGGAAGGAAUGUCGAAAAUGAAGACCAAAGGAACCCCGAAGAGACUCAAGAGGACCAGAUGACGACGAAAGGAAGGAUUCCCUCACACUUUCCCAGACUGCUGGAAGAGAGAGGGGGAUGUGCUUAUGAGAAAAGAAAAGAAAAAAAGGCACUGAAAUACUGGUGAAGAAUUUAGGAAACAGGGAGUUUUUGAAUCAGUCACUUUUUGGGAAGAAGAAAAAAACUUAAUUCUCAUAUAGACAGCUGUGAAAGGAGAAUGCUGGAAGGCAAACACAACUUGACAGGUUAGAUGAGGAAAUGUAGGUCAAAUAUAAUACUUCAGGAUCCGUCACUUGGCGCUGCUUGGUUGUACUUGCCGGCACUUGCUUCGGUGCUGUUUGACUGCUGUAUGAUGGGAGCGAUGGUUCAGGAAUGUUCUUUAAAGGUAGAUUGUCACGGUGGAUCCACGUAUGAGAGAAAGGUCACCUGAGCCUCUUGGAGCUUUGCACUACAGAGAGUUUGACUUCUAGCAUUCUCCUCUGAGCGGUGCAGCCACGGUCCGCACACGGAGUAACACAUGAGCUCAUCAUGCGUUUCCGCCACACACUAGACUUUUUUUUUGUUUUGUUUUUUUUUAUUUUGGUGAAGACGAAGUGAAUAAAAACUGACUUAUUUCAGUGUUCUCUUCCUCUGUGGCUCGGUGGUGACUGGGUUUGACUGAAGGUGGCCUUUUACUUUUGACAGUUGAUCUUCAUUAAAAGGGGCCGGCUUCAGUCUCCAGUCACGGUUCAGGACUCAACAACCCAGAGACCAGUUUGUCCUUGUUCGUCCUCCAACGCCACGCGAAGUGCGCGACCGCCCGAAACGGUACAGAGCAUCUUCUGAGAAUGACGCUACUUGAAUAUAAUGUGACGCUUUGGGGAGAAGGCGGAAGUGUUCGGACGGAGUUUUAUUGCCUCAUUGUUUGUGUGUCUGUACGUGUCGUUAACAAGCUGGAUGUUCUUGUGUCCGUCUGAAGUCGUUUUGUCGCCUGCCCGAAUGGCAAAACGCGCUCCAGAUUUCCCUCCACUAACCAUUAAUCUGGCAGCGUGCCGAAACGGCACCGGUGGGAGCGUGAAGUCCCACACUCACACCAGUCCUUCCUUCCAGUGGCUUCCAACUGACCUGAUGACAUGCACUUUUGUGGCCUUUUGGGGCUUGUGCUUUGCGUUUUAUUGUGUGGACAGUUAAAAAAUUUGUACAUUGUAAAAGAAAAAAG